AUAUUACAACACAAAAAUGGGGUUGGAGUCAACACACCUUACCUCAAAAGUCAACAAACUACCAUAUAUCUAUUUAGUCCCAAAAGUAAAUCAAUUCAGUUCGAAACUUGGUUUAAUUCCAAUCUUUCUCGUUUCUCAGCCUCACACCACAACCCUCUCUUUAUUUCUCACCACACCAGAUUAUUUCUCCCCCUUCGCAUGAACCCGCCGGAGAUUCCUGCCGGCGGAACCCCGCCGUCCAAGAAAGAGGUUCAGCUCCAGGGGCCUCGCCCGCCGCCUCUCAAAGUCAGCAAAGAAUCGCACAAGAUCAAGAAGCCGCCACCGCACCCCGCCGCCCACCGCCACUCCCACGCGCCGCCGGAUCAGAAUCAGCCCCAACGGGAACCGGUGAUAAUCUACUCGGUCUCCCCAAGGGUCAUCCACGUCAAACCCGGCGACUUCAUGGACCUCGUGCAGCGCCUCACAGGAGCCCCCUCCGGCGAGGACCCACCGGUCAGAGCGGGGGACGUGUCUCCGGCGGCGAGGCUGGCCUCGAUUGAGAAGACGAGUCCAUCGGAGAGGGAGAAGGUUUUACACAGCGGAAAUGAUGACUUGAUGGGGAUGUUAGAUGAGGGAGUAGAGGUGGGUCAAUUUCCAGGGAUAUUGUCGCCGGAGCCGGGGACCUUGCCACCGAUUCCGGCUGUGUUUUCCCCGGCGAGAGAGGCGCUAACGGCGUCGUAUUGGAACGAGUUUUCCCCGUCUUAUUGGUCGCCGGCGAGUAGCUUUUUAGCGAGUCCGUCGGGUUUUCUUCCCGCGGCCGUGGCGUCGCCGCAACCGUCGCCGAACCUGUUCAGCCUUUUCGACUAAAGAUAGGUUUUUUUUUUUUUCACUUGGUUUUGGUGAUUAUUGAGAAUUUUGACAUUAGUGGUGGUUCUUCUUCUACCUAGUGCCACUGUUUUUGUACAACUUGUAGAAAAAGAAGACUAAGACUUUUCCA